AUGUCAAAUAGCGACAAAGACCUGGCCGACCUGGCAAAGUCCACGACCGACGACUUGUACGAAUUACUCGGCGUAACCCACGACUCCUCAGAACAAGAUAUCAAAAAAGCCUACCGCAAAGCCUCGAUCAAAUACCAUCCCGACAAAAAUCCCGACAACAAAGAUGCUGCCGACCGUUUCAUCUACCUCGGCUGGGCGCGCGACAUCCUCAUGUCGCCAGAGCUCAAGGGCGAAUAUGACCGGGCACGAACACGGCGGCGAGAGAAGACGCUGCAGGAUGAGUUACUCGAUGGGCGGAGGAGGAAAAUGAAGGACGAUCUGGAGAGGAGGGAAAGGGAGGGUAGGGAGUGGAUGGGGGGGUUGAAGAGGAAGAGGGCUGAGGAGAUGAGCGAGAAUGAGAAGAGGGAAGAGGAAGUCAGACGGUUGGCCGAGGAUGGGAAGAGGAGGAGAAAGGAGGCCCAGGAGCGGAUUUUACGGCGAAGGAGAGAGGAGGAAGAGGCGAGUGUCGUUGACCUAGAAGACACGACCACACCAGCGCAGCCCGUCAGACCUGGCCAGUCUCCUGAAAUCCAUCGCACAAUCAAAGUUCGCUUCCAAAGAGAGGGGGACGCGCUAAACUGGGACAAGGAUAUACUGCGAACCACAUUCAGUCAAUACGGCAAGAUCGACAGUGUAGUCAUGGGCAAAGACAAGAAGAUUCGACAGUCAGGGUCGAAACACAGAUCUCUCAUCGCAACCGCCUUCAUCAUAUACACCCGCAUCGACCACGCCCACGCCGCCGUCCUCGAUGCAAAAUCAGAUCAUCCACUCCUCGAAUCCGUAGCCUGGGCAAAUGGCGAACCAGAUUUAUCGUCUUCCACCACUUCCUACCCGCCCUCCGCCACCGCACAACAACCCCAACAACCCCCAAAAUCCACUACCACAACACCACACGAAACGCCCCUCUCGACACCAAACCGCCCUUCCUUUCGCUCCUCAAUCAAUCUAGGUGGUGCGGGAAAACCGCCAGCCUUUGCACCCAGCUCAACAACGCCCCUCGGUACACCCAAAUUCUCUUUCAGUCCCAAGACGCCUAGUCUAGAGGAAGUGACUAUGAUGCGGCUCAAACAGGCAGAGAAGAAGAGGUUAGAAGAGCAGAUUAGAAGAGAGGAGGCCGUGCAGGGCGGGGGCUUAUAG